GCCCAACAUACCCGUAAUGGAGGGUGCUAAGCAGAUAAAUAACACUCGUCGCCCCGUGCUCUUGGAUCGACUUGCAUAUUCUCGGGUUCUACCACAUUUCAUGUUGUUUGCAGGGCUUCAGCUCGUGGAUCUGAUUAUGCAAUUGUAGGCAUCAUUCGCUCUGCCAAUCUCUCCGCGGUCAAUUCGGCAUUUCAUCCCGUCGUAUUGCGCAAACAGCAACGGUCGUUAAACCCAGCGCGAAGUUAGAGCUCUGUUUACUCUCGCUUUCUUACCACACCAAGUGAUUUUCGUCAAACCAAUGGCAACUUCGCGGCUCACUCUCUAAGCCCAAGAAUACAAGUUAAUCCUCGCCUUAAUUAUUUUCCAUCCUCAUUCAUAAUUCACCACAGCGACGUGACGCUACGACGUAAUCGUAGCACAUACACUCACUAUGGGCAUCUAUAGCGUUUCAUUAUCGUUUUUGCUGUUUGCUUCCGUGGGCUUAAGCGCCGAUCUUCCGUCGAUUCAGAUUAAAGGGUCAAAAUUCUUUUACCCCAAUGGCACUCAGUUUUUCUUGAAAGGAGUUGCGUAUCAGCAGGAUUCCUCUGCCAACGGAGCGGUCUCGACCAACACGAAAUUCGUCGACCCGUUAGCGAACGAAGCCAACUGCAAGCGUGAUAUACCAUUACUCAGUCAGCUUGGCACCAACGUGAUCCGCACGUAUGCAAUCGAUCCGACUGCCGAUCAUUCCGCUUGCAUGUCCUUGCUCAACGAUGCGGGUAUAUACGUUAUUUCGGAUCUUAGCAACCCCCAGCAGUCUAUAAACCGUGGAAACCCGCAGUGGAAUGUGGAUCUUUUCACCCACUUUCAGCAGGUCGUAGACAGUUUCGCCAAUUACACCAAUGUGAUUGGCUUCUUUGUUGGCAACGAGGUCACCAAUAAUGCUACCACGACAUCCGCUUCCGCCUAUGUCAAAGCUGCAGUGCGAGAUGUGAAGCAGUACAUCAAAGACAAGAAAUACCGCGCUAUGGGUGUGGGAUACGCCGCCGAUGACGACUCAGAUAUCAGAAACCAGAUUGCCGCGUACUUCAACUGCGGCCCAGCAGAAGACAGUGUCGACUUCUUUGGAUAUAAUGUCUACGAAUGGUGCGGUGAGAAAACAUUUGAGACAUCCGGUUAUAAUCGAAUUCUUGAGUUCUUCCAGGACUACUCUGUACCCGUGUUCUUUGCCGAAUAUGGCUGCAAUCUCCCCAACGGUGCAGCAGACCGCAUAUUCCAAGAAACAGGUGCACUUUACGCACACAACAUGACAGCGGUUCUCAGCGGCGGCAUUGUCUAUGAAUAUUUUGAAGAAACCAAUGACUAUGGCCUAGUCCAGAUAAACGGCAAUACCGCCACGAAACUUAAGGACUUUGGUGCUCUCCAACAACAAAUUCAGGCAGUUAACAUUCAAGGAGUUGAGAUGUCGAGUUACAACCCUUCCAAUCAGCCUGCAUCCUGCCCUGCGGUCAAUUCGACGUGGGAGUCGAGCGACAAGCUCCCGCCAACUCCCGACACCGACGCUUGCAGCUGCAUGGUCAAGGCCUCCCAGUGUGUCGUUUCCAACAGUACAGACUCUACUGACUACGGAAGUUUAUUUGACUAUGUCUGCGGGUCUGAUCAGAGUCUGUGCGACGGCAUCAAUGGCAACACCUCCACUGGCGAUUACGGUGCAUUUAGCAUGUGCAGCGAUCAGGACAAGCUGACGUAUGUCCUGAACCAGUACUAUCUAAAGCAGAACAAGGACAGCACUGCUUGUGACUUCAAUAGCAGCGCCGAGACGCAAACUGCCUCUGGAAGUGUGGACAAGUGCAGCGCCGCGGCCGCUUCCAGCAACUCUUCAGACUCGGGCGACUCUUCAGGUUCAGGCAGCGAUGAUAAGGACAAUGGCAGUGCCGAUUCUCUGAUUCCUGGAAGCUGGCCUCUUGGCACAGCAAUGUUUAUUACUCUUCUUGUAAGCACAGGCAUGAUGAGCCUAUAAUUACUUUACACUUAAUAAAGACAAAUGAGUUACGAAAAGAGAACUAGUCUCCAACCUUUCCCACGCAAUCUUCCUAUCGACUAUGUAGAUCAUCUGAGAGUAUUGGG